AUGGCAUAUACCGGCCUCACGGUGCCUCUCAUUAUGAUGAGCAUGUUCUGUGGCUUCAUCAGCUUUCUGGUGCCCUGGUUCAUCUGUAAGGGUCCCAGCUGGGGAGUUAUCAUCACCAUACUGGUGACCUGUUCAGUUUGCCACUAUCUCUUUUGGCUGAUUGCAAUUCUGGCCCAACUCAACCCUCUCUUUGGACCACAGUUGAAAAAUGAAACCAUCUGGUACCUCAAGCAUCACUGGCCUUGA